GCGGUUUGAAUCUUUGAAUCAACGGCCAGGGCGCGCGCUCAACGGACUGGCGGGCGGUUUGAAUCAAAGAUACUCGAGGAGCUCUAUAAUCUUUGGUUUGAAUCAAAGACGUUUUUAAUGGGCGGCCUGGGCUGGCGGAGAGUCGUCCCACGGAGAGAGAGAGAUCCCGUGAUUGAGGUCUACCUGCAGCAGUACCGCAAGUACUAUUUCUUCCAGGAACGGCUGAACACUUUCAAGAACUGGCCCUUCCUCGACGGCUGUGGCUGCACACCCGAGAAUAUGGCUGCAGCAGGGUUUAUUCACACCCCAAGUGAGAACUGUCCAGAUGUUGCUCGGUGCUUCUUUUGUUACAAAGAGCUGGAAGGUUGGGAACCUGAAGAUGAACCUUUAGUUGAACAUAAAAAUCACUCACCAAAGUGUGCUUUCAUUGCACUGAAGAAGGAGUUUGAGCAUCUAACAGUUGAAGAGUUCCUCAAGCUGGACAAGGAAAGAGUAAAGAAUAUCACGGUUGGUUAUUUUGUCAUCAUCUUCAUCAGUAAUAUGGAAUGUAUACAAAAAUGGGGAAGAAUUUGUGUGUUUGGCUCAAGGCUGACGACAACACCUCCCUCUGCCAGCGCAGGGACUCCCUGGAGAACGGGCUUGCUGCUGGCGUUUGCCUACAAGAGGUAUCAGGCUGGCGUGUCCGACUUCUCCGAGAAGUACACGGACCCAUCGAGCGACUACCCGCCGUACCCCAACGUCGCCGAGAACUACCAGCAGCCGCCGUUUGGUAACGCCGCGCAGCCGAGCACCGACGAGUACAUCCCGCCCGCGUACUAA